AUGCGCACUUCUCGCACUUCAAGGGACACCGCGAAGGUGCUGCAAGCACUGUCGCCCCCUAUCGGACGACAAACGCGCAACUCCAAUGUGAGCGCGUUGAAAAGUUUCAGCUAUAAUGCAGAUGCAACUCCCAUCAUCAAGACGGAGUCAGAAGAUGUCUCAAUACCACCUAGUCUGUCCGUUGUCAAAAGCGAUGAUGAAUCUUCCCUCUCCGAACUCUCUGAGGCCGACACGGCGGACAUCGAAGACCUCCUUGAACCACCAUCGAAGCGCCAAAAGCGCAACGCGAGCCCUAUGAACCCGCGAGUCCUCAAGCGGAGCGCAACUUCCCGCACACCACAAAAGGUCAUAGUGAAGGAUGAACCCGACCAGAAACCAAUACCGGCACCCAAACAAAGACGACUCCCGGCCCGGACAACCCGCGACAUCGAUGGCUCGGUCAAGGUCGAGCCCCCGUCCAACUGGGAGACGAUGUACGAGAUCGUGAAAAAGAUGAGGGCAGCCAACCCGACUGCACCGGUAGAUACAAUGGGCUGCUCGGAGCUAUACUGGCGCGCGUCAUCACCAAUAGAUCGUCGGUUCCAGACUCUCAUCGCAUUGAUGCUCUCAUCCCAGACGAAAGACACAGUCACGGCAGUAGCGAUGCAACGUCUCCAUACUGAGCUCGGGGAUGGCAACACAACGGCUCAAGAUGUCAAAAUCAAACAAGAAGAUGACGAUUCAAAACCCGUCGACAGUACCCUCAACCUAACCAACAUCUUAGCUGUGGACCCAACGCGACUAAACGAACUAAUCCGCACAGUCGGCUUCCACAACAACAAAACAAAAUACAUCAAAGCCACGGCGCUGAUCCUGCGAGACCAGCAUGGCGGGGAUAUCCCCUCGACUCCAGAGGGCCUCAUGGCGCUUCCCGGCGUCGGACCCAAAAUGGCUUACCUCUGUCUGAGCGCGGCGUGGGGUAAACACUUGGGGAUCGGUGUUGAUGUGCAUGUUCAUCGCAUUACCAAUCUUUGGGGAUGGAAUAAAACUAAAACACCCGAGGAGACGAGGAAAGCGCUCCAAUCGUGGUUGCCGCACGACAAGUGGCACGAGAUCAACAAGUUACUUGUUGGGCUUGGGCAGACGGCUUGUUUGCCUGUUAAGCGCCGCUGUGGGGACUGUGAUCUGGCUGGCUUGAGGCUCUGUAAGAGUGAGAUUAAGGGACUUAAGCCGACGAUGCUGAAGGCUAAGAAAAGUCCUGAAAUUGAUGAGCCCAAGGUUAAGAUUGAGGCUCUUUGA